UGAUGUGCAAUCUGAUCUGCUGUAAUUUCAAAAUAUAACCUAAAGUUUUUACACUUGAUUGCAGACACUUUUAGUAAAAUAAAUUGACAAAAUGUCGGAUGAAGAGUUCGAGGCUUUCAAAAUCACGGAUUAUGAUUUGGAUAAUGAAUUCAAUCCGAAUCGCGUUCGGCGAAAAAUGUCCAAGAAACAACAAAUGCUUGGAAUAUGGGCAAGUGAUAGCGAAGAUGAAGAGGAAGUUAAGCCGAGUUUCAGCAGAACAAAAACACGAAAAGAUUACUCUGCACCAAUAGGCUUCGUUGCUGGUGGAAUUCAACAAGCUGGAAAACCCAAGGAAAAAAAGGAAGAAGAAGAAGAGGAUGAAGAAGAUGAUAAUUCAAGGCAUAAAGGCAGUUCCAGCGAUGAUGAAGGACCAAGUUUACGAGCCAAGAAUCAAAGAGCAAUGUUUGGUAAUGACAUUGCUGGUCUGAGAAAGAAAAGAACUCAAGCAAGCCAAAGCAAUGUUGGCAAUUGGGAAAAUUAUACAAAAGGUAUCGGUUCAAAACUGAUGUUGCAAAUGGGUUUUGUGCCAGGAAAAGGUUUAGGGAAAGAUUUGCAAGGUAUCAAUGCCCCAAUUGAAGCUCAACUCCGUAAAGGUAGAGGUGCUAUUGGAGCUUAUGGUCCUGAGAAAAAAACUAAAAUAUUAGAAUUAAAAUCCCAGCCUCAAGAUGACAUUCCCAAGAAACCUAAAACCUCACAGUGGAGAAAAAAGGAACAGGGAGACAAUAAGAAAAAUCAGUACGAGUAUAAAACUGUUGAUGAAGUCAUUGAAAGUGGAAAGUUGAGGAAUAGUAAAACACCUGCCAUAAAUACAGAUAUUAUGAAAUGUAAUGUUAUUGAUAUGACAACGCCUGAACAAAAGAUCUUCAAAGGUUACCAAGUAUUGGCCAAACGCUAUCAAGUUGAGGACGAUGUACCAUCAACAGAUAAGAAAAAGAAGGGUGUUAACUUUUCAUUGCCAGAACUGAUGCAUAAUUUAGAUAUGAUAGUUGACACCUGUGAACAAAAUAUAAUUCAAAAUGACAGAAAGCAAAGGUAUCUUGCAGAUAGAAUUGUUGCUCUCCAAGCAGAGAAAGAAAGUUUGGCUACAAUCAGAGACCAGAGUGCACUGAAAAUUGAUUCACUACAAGACACAUUAGCAAUAGUUGAUAGCUUGGUUGACAAUAACAAUAAAAUGACAUUAGAAGGAAUGGCAGAGGCAUUCAAAGAGUUACAAGAAAGACAUUAUGAAGAAUACAAGACUUAUGGACUUGGCGAUAUGGCUAGUAGCUUAGCUAUACCAAAAACCAUAGAUUAUCUAAAAAAUUGGAGGCCAUUGUUACAGCCAAAACUACCUCUACAGCUAUUUAAGAAGUGGAAAGAUAUUUUAGAAUACGGACGAUUAAAUCAAACAACUAGAUCUAUGAAUCCAUACGAACAACUUAUUUGGCAUGCUUGGAUGCCAUGUGUUCGAAGAACUGUACAAGAAUGGGCCUGUAGACAACCAGAAGGUUUGAUUGAUUUGCUCGAAUACUGGUUACCUCUUUUGUCACCUUGGAUCAUGGAUAACAUUCUUGAGAAUAUUAUUCUUCCAAAACUAACAGAAGAAGUAGAAGAAUGGAAUCCAGUUACCGAUACAGUUCCAAUUCAUACUUGGAUUCACCCAUGGUUACCAUUGAUGAAAACGCGAAUGGACACGCAAAUAUAUCCAAUAAUUAGAAGGAAACUAAGCUUUGCUCUUCAGGCGUGGCAUCCAUCUGAUCAAUCUGCAAGACUCAUGUUACAACCUUGGCAGCAAGUGUUCAAGAAAGGUGACAUGGAUGCGUUUUUGAUUAAAAAUAUUCUUCCUAAGCUGCAGAUGACUCUGUCAGAAUUGGUUAUCAAUCCUCAUCAGCAGCAUUUGGAUCAUUGGCAUUGGGUCUACGAUUGGAAAGAUACGCUGCCUAUACACAGUAUGACUGGAUUGCUUGAUAAAUUCUUUUUCCCUAAGUGGCUGCACUCACUUGGUUUAUGGUUGAAUCAUACUCCGAAUUACGAGCAAGUCACUAAUUGGUACACAGGUUGGAAAGGAAUGUUGAGCGAUAAACUCCUUGCUGAACCAGUAAUUAAAGAUCAUUUCCGCAAAGCCCUUGAAAUGAUGAUGAGAGCUGUGAACACGUCAGACGUGCUGCAACCAGGAUCAGUAGAGCAAGUUUCAUAUUUAAAUACGUUGGAGCGUCAACCUCAAGUAACCGCUAUGCAACAACCAAGGAUAGAAAGGUUACAAGAAGUACUUAUGUCAAAUCACGCCAAUGCUCCAAGUGGCUUUAAAGACAUUGUUGAGCGAAGGUGUGAAGAGCGAGGCAUAUUAUUUAUGCCAAUGAAUAAUCGCUUUCAUGACGGCAAACAAAUCUAUAAAAUUGGCAACAUUAAAGCAUGCAUUGAUCAGAAUACUAUAUUUGUUAAUCAAAACGGAUCAACCUGGAUGCCAAUGAGCCUAAACACUGUGUUAGAUAUAGCCGAAGUUACAAUUAAAUGAUAUGAUUUUUCAACGAUAUACACACACACACACACACACACAUAAAUCGUUUUACUUGUACAUAACACUUUUAUAAUAAAUAUUUUU